AGUUGUAGUUCUCGUGACUUGGAGGGCGAAUGGCUCCGGGCGGGAGCAGGACUGCAAGAGAACUACAUGUAGGAGGCGGGGUCGAGGGCGAGGGAUGUACGCGGCUAGCAGUGGCGGAGGCGGCUGAAGCGGCAGCAUGAAGAGGACUCCGACCGCCGAGGAACGAGAGCGCGAAGCUAAGUGCCAGACUGUCUCCAAGCCCAACAAAUGUGUUGCUUCCAGGCAAAAACAGAAGAUGACACACGCCAUGAGCCAGAUUUUCCAUGACAGACUUGUAAGGAACAAGAUAAUCUCAUUGUUCUUCCUGCUACUUAAAAUAAAGAAACUGAGGCUCCUUGAAGAGCUUGAAGACACUUGGCUCCCCUAUCUGACCCCCAAAGAUGACGAAUUCGAUCAGCAGUGGCAGCUGAAAUAUCCUAAGCUGAUUCUCCGAGAAGCCGGCAGCGUCCCCGAGGAGCUCCACAAGGAGGUUCAGGAAGCCUUUUUCGCACUGCACAAGCACGGUUGCUUAUUUCGGGACCUGGUUAGGAUCCAAGGCAAAGAUCUGCUCACUCCAGUGUCUCGCAUCCUCAUUGGUAACCCCGGCUGCACCUACAAGUACCUGAACACCAGGCUCUUCACGGUGCCCUGGCCAGUGAAGGGUUCUAAUGCCAAAUACAACGAGGCUGAAAUAGCUGCUGCUUGUCAGAGCUUCCUCAAGCUCAAUGACUACCUGCAGACAGAGACCAUCCAGGCUUUGGAAGAACUCGCUGCCAAAGACAAAGCUAAUAUCGAUGCCGUGCCAGUGUGCAUAGGGCCAGAUUUCCCCAGGCUUGGUAUGGGGUCAUCCUUUGAUGGACAAGAUGAAAUGGACAUUAAGAACAGAGCAGCAUACAACGUAACUUUGUUGAAUUUCAUGGAUCCCCAGAAAAUGCCAUACCUGAAAGAGGAGCCUUACUUUGGCAUGGGGAAAAUGGCGGUGAGCUGGCAUCACGAUGAAAAUCUGGUGGAAAGGUCAGCGGUGGCAGUGUACAGUUAUAGCUGUGAAGGCCCUGAAGAGGAAAGUGAGGAUGAUCCUCAACUCGAAGGCAGAGAUCCUGAUAUCUGGCAUGUUGGUUUCAAGAUCUCGUGGGACAUAGAGACGCCUGGUUUGGCAAUACCCCUUCACCAAGGAGACUGCUAUUUUAUGCUGGAUGAUCUCAAUGCCACCCACCAGCACUGUGUUUUGGCUGGUUUACCACCUCGGUUUAGUUCCACCCACCGAGUGGCAGAGUGCUCCACGGGAACCUUGGAUUAUAUCGUACAGCGCUGCCAGUUGGCUCUGCAGAAUAUUCGUGAUGAGACGGACAAUGGCGAUGUCUCUUUGAAAUCCUUGGAGCCUGCAGUUUUGAAACAAGGAGAAGAAAUCCACAAUGAGGUCGAGUUUGAGUGGCUGAGACAGUUUUGGUUUCAAGGCAAUCGAUACAAGAAGUGCACUGACUGGUGGUGUCAACCCAUGACUCAGCUGGAAGAACUGUGGAAGAAGAUGGAAGCCGUGCCUUCUCUGGAGUCUGACUUCUCUGCCCUGGAGGCUGCAGCAUUAGGAAGGACAUGAGAGACACGCUGCAGCUUUCUAAGGACAUCAGCAGCGUCUCCAGGGACUUGGGUUCAGCAGCUGUGGCUUUCAGACUUGGCUGCGUGAGUCGCCCAGGCUUAGUUGUGGAGCAGCACCGCGUGGGCCCCAUCCCCGCCAGUGCUGCUGUAUCUGGUCUAAGCUGCGGCUCCCAGUGGAUGCCGAUCGAUCGCCAAGUUGCAGUGUGUUCGGAAGGCCCCACAGGUGAUUCUGGUAUGUGUUCAGGGCUGAGAACUACUGUUCAACAGGUGUCUGACCUCUCACUAAAUUAGUUUGCUUGCGUGGAUGAAUACAGGAACAUAUUAGCAAAUGAACAGGAAAGCUCUCUCACUUUAAACCCACGCGAAUGUAUUGAGUACCUGCUGUGUUUCCUGAAUUCUGUGCAGGACUCGGGAGGGAAACAGACAUAUUUAUAAUUUGUAUAUAAGGUGGAAGAUGACGUUGAUAAAAGGUACCAAGAGUACUAUGAAAUCUUGGAAGAUGGUGGGAUUUCAGAAGGCUUCGUGACCAGCCGGGACUUUUGAGUUGAGUCUUACCGAAUGGGGAGAAUUUGGGCAAGUGGAGAUGGGGACGGGAAGAGUAGCCUUUCCCUGUGGAGGGAGUGGUGUGUGUAGUGGUAGAGGCAGGGGUGCAGGUUCUAUUCAAGGCUCCUAAAGUGGGACUGGCAGUCCCCCAAAGCUAGUCUCCUGGAGUUCCCUAACUCGGGAAAUGGUACCACUGCCUGUCUCUCUCUUCAUUCCAGAAGUAGAGGAAUCAUCCUUGAACCCUCCCUCUCCCUACCCCACAUAUCCAACCUGAGAACUUUCACCCCUGAAAUAUCUUUUGAGUCUGUUCACUUCUUUUCAAGUCUGCUGUUACUAGUCUAGUCCAAGACACCACGCUCACGCCCUUGGGCUCUUGCAGUAGCUUGCUGUCUGGUUUCCUGUGUUCUUCACAUGGCAGCCAGGGCAGUGUUUUCAAAUGUAGAUCUAAUGGUGCCCCCUCCCUGUGUAACCUCAUUAGUGGUUUCCAGUUGCUCUUAGCAUCAAGACUAAAAUAUUUUAACCUCAGCCCACCUCUCCUGCCUUACCUUCCCUCCAGCCACUUUACUUAUUCCUUAUGUGAAAGACAACAUGAGUAGAGCUAAAUGAAAAUUUCCGAGGAAUUGCCUUGCACAUCUUGUUUUCUUUAUCUUCCAAACUGGACCAAACUGCCAACAUUCCAAGAAGUCAGUAUGACAAGAACAUCCUGUUUGUAAGGACUGGGGAACUGCACUUUGCUGGUGAUCAAAUCUGAAGGCAAUUUAUGAAGCACAAACCUAGCCUUACCUCAUCUAGCACCAAUUAACUCUUCUUUAAUACAACUGACCUCAUCUUCCUUCCUUUUCCCUGUAAAAACCCUGAGCCCCUCUCCUCUAAUCGGGACAUUAUUUGGGUUUUUACCUGAGUCGUUGCUCGCUGAAUUGCAAUUUUGUGAUCCCUAAAUAAAUGCCUUUCAUUUUGACUCUGUUUGUAGGUUAACACUUACCUUACUGGCAUUUUUUCAGUGAGUCCAAUGCAUUGUGCUCCUUUCAUCUUCAAGGCCUUUGCACAUGUUUCCUCUUCCUGGAAUGUCUUCUCUCACAAAAACGUUUAUAUACAUGAUAGAUAGAUAGAUAGAUAGAUUAUUUCUACUCAUGAUUCAGAUCUCAGCUCAAUUUGCCACUUCCUCAGGAAAGACUCCCUUGACCUGUCUGAUAGAUCAGGUCCCUGUGCUAUGCUUUCCUGUUACCCUUGUGAAAGCCGUGCCCGGGAGCUCAAGCUUUAUUCUGGAGGCAUUGAGUAUUUAUGGCAGAUAGAAGUUGAGAGCAUUUAACUGUUCCGUGAAGAUCCACUGCUACUAGAGACAUUCAAAUAGCUCAUGUGAUUUUUGCUAGUUAAUUUCUCGUUAACCAUCCCUCGACAAAGAACUGGGAAUUGUUGAUCAUGUUGUAAAAUAGAAUGUAAAUAGCCAUGUACUUUCUUUGUACAUAUUCCUCCCAAUUAUUAGAAUACAAGUCAAUUCCAUAGUAUUCAUUUGUACUGUUAUCUGCAAUAAGACAGCCCUCAUCAGAUUUUCUUUGUAAGAGGCAAGUCCUAAAUGUACAGCCAUUCCAUGUAAGCCUAUGGUGAAACCACUGUCCAACUCUUAACAAAUUAUGAAUAGAUGAGUGAAUUGGUAAGGAUAAGUUAUACACUCCCUGUAAUAUUCCUUUCCUAAUUUCAGUAUCUUCCAAACAUCAUUCACCUUAGACUUUAAGAAAGGCCAAGGUUCCUGGGGGUGGUCAUAUUUUCCUUUUCCUUGACAGACAUAAGCAACCCUGGGAACCUUGGCCACAGCCUUCUUGUGUCAUAAAGGUCAGGAGCCAUCAUCCUUGAUACUGCCCUGUGCUUGUCUAGGUUGAGAGUUAGGUGACAAAUCAGGAAAUAUCAAGGGCCCAUAUAUUGUGGCACUUAGGAGCCAUGCAGAAUCUAGAUAGUGGUUUCAGAAGUGUCAUUUAGAUGCCAUUCUUUCUUAUUCUUCUUGUGUUGAUAUCCAGAAUCACCAUCCAGCUUGAAGGGACCAGGAGGUUUUCUGGCCCAGGGUGCCCUUGGCAUAUGUACAAGAAUCCUCAUGCUGACUGAAUUGGAGUCUCCUG